AUACAUAGAGUAAAAGUGGGUUGUUUCAAUCUAUUGUAUAUUUAGUAAUGGCAAACAGCAAAUACGAGUACGUGAAGUCAUUCGAAGUCGAAGAUGAAGUAAUGUUUCCCAACUUGAUCGUUGUUCGGGUUGAUGGUCGUGAUUUCCGAAGGUUUUCUGAGAUUCAUGAAUUUGUAAAACCAAAUGAUGAGGUAGCUUUGAAUUUAAUGAACUCAUGUGCAGUUUCUGUGACAGAGGAGUUUCCUGACAUAGUCUUUUCCUAUGGAUAUAGUGAUGAGUACAGUUUCGCUCUCAAGAAAACAACACGGUUCUAUCAAAGGCGUGCAAGCAAAAUACAGUCUCUUGUUGUUUCCUUUUUAACCUCGGUAUAUGUUACUAAAUGGAAGGAAUUCUUCCAUGAUAAGGAGUUAAGAUAUCCGCCAUCUUUUCGUGCACGAGUAAUAUGUUGUGCAUCAAUAGAAGUCCUUCAAGCAUAUCUUUCUUGGAGACAAAAUGAUUGUCAUAUAAACAACCAACAUGCCACAUGUUUUCAUGAGCUGGUUAAACAUGGAAAGACUGAAAAGGAAGCACAGCAGUAUUUGAAGGAAAGUGGAAAGAAGGAGAAGCAUGACCUCCUAUUUGAACAAUUUGGUAUCAACUAUGAAAAGCUGCCUGUCAUGGUACGACAAGGAUCCUGCAUCUUAAAAACUGAGACAGAAGACAUAGUGAAGUACAACGAGAGUGGGGCUCCAGUCAAGAGACUUCGGAGGAAGACGAGUACUGUCCACUCAAAAAAUAUAGUUGGGAAAAGUUUUUGGAAUCUGUACCCAAAACUUCUGAAGGAACUUGGUGGUUUUGUGGAUGAUAUUAGAAAAAUUGAACCAGAUUAUAUUAGGUCCUUCCUAUGGGAAGCAAAGUUGUUACCAUCAACUUGGAUUGUAAUCAGAAUUGACGGCUGUCAUUUUCACAGGUUUUCUACGCUCCAUGAAUUUGUUAAGCCGAAUGAUGAGCGCGCUCUCAACCUCAUGAAUAGCCACAUACACAACCAGUAUAAUACUUGCUUCUGGGAACUUGUUAAGUCUGGAAAAAGCAAAAUUGAGGCUCAAAAUAUAUUGAAGGGUACUCAAACGCCAGAGAAAAAUGAACUGCUAAAACAAUUUGGUAUCAGUGACUACAACACCUUACCAGUGAUGUUUCGGCAAGGUUCCUCGGUCUUUUGGGACAAAGAAGACAUUACUCCAGAACAUGAGAAUGGAACAUGUAAUGGAACUUAUCGAAAGAAAGUUGUCGUAGAACAUUGCAAUAUAAUCGAACCAGACUUUUGGAACUCCCACCCAAGCAUUCUUAACCUGAAGCCAUAGAUUCUUUGAAAUGAAGGCUAGCUUUGAUAGGUCACUCUUUUUUUACACCUGAAUUAUGGUCAUUUGAAAGGUUUAACCAGUUAGCAAUUUUGAAACUGCAUAAAUCUCUCUUAGCAAUUCUAAUUGAACAUUUAAAAGCCUUAUUAUUAUAUAACAAACAGUAUGGGUAAUCAAAUCAUAUUGUUUUUUGUGUGGCUGUUACAGUUAUUAUGUCAAUGAUGUCUAAGAUGUUUGUAGCGAGCUAAACAGAGCAACAGUGAUCCAAUUAGCAAUUGAGAAAAAAAUAUUUGAAUUUUCUAUGGAUAAAAAGAUGAUAAAUGGAUGAACUGAAUUUGAAUUUUC